AAACCACAAUACGAGCUCGGCUUACAUGUUUUCGUUAUUCGGACCUAUGCUCCGCAGUUUUUAUGUCCUCUCUAGCAAUCGGUUGGACUCGUCGAUGAUUAGUAUUUAUUGUUCCUCGAAUAAGGUUAAACUGCUUGAUCAAUGACGUCGAACCUGUGCCUUACCGCUCGAGGAACGGCUCGAAAAUUGAUAUAACGCCCGACACUAGCAUUUUGAGGCAGUGCGACCGCGGCCUAGUGGUUAAACUUCCUCGCAGAGUCGCAAGUGAAGCGUUGAAUUUGUUGAUCUCGACGUUCUAGUUUCUUUGCACGCACCGCUGUGCAAUUUAGGUGCUAUUAGCGUUUCCUAACGGUCUUCUUUUCAAUCGAAAAUGUUCUGUCUGCUUAUCAAUCAAUUGCAAUCUGCACUGACAUCUGGAUGUCACAACAUGUUAAUACUUCAAUCAAUAUUCCCCUCUGACCCUUUUUGAAAUUCAAUCUUAGAUGCCUUCUGGAAUCCAGUAGCUCAUAAUCGUUGGCACAUUUCCAAAUGCUCGCGUGCUAACAACUUCUUACCAUGGGAGACUCGACGAAAGAGCCAAUGCCUAAUAAACUUGAUCAUGUUCCCACCACGAAGCAGCCCAAAACGCGGCCACCGGCUGGAUUUCGCGAGAAGAUAUUACGGAAGCCAUUGCCAUACUAUAGCGGACCAUAUUCAGUUGGACAAAUGGACAUUGAAGUACCCGUGCGAGAACCAAGGACAUUCUCCAAUAUCAAGAGAAAACAUAAGCAUGUUUUAAAUCUCGAGACGGUCCUCUUCAGUGUUUUCUACCCUUCAAGUUUUGGGUCCGGUGAAGGGCUCUCCCCAGAAGGGGAAAAGAAAUGGAGUCGAGCGACAUGGCUACCAAGGCCUCGUGUUGAGGUGGCAAAGGGUUAUAGUAAAUUUGCAGGCCUUCCUUCAUGGCCUACUAUGGCAUUCUUCGGCAUGACAACUGCUUUUACCAAACUUCCUGCUUUCCGCAAUGCCAAGUUGGCAAAACAUUGGCCUCCCGAAAAUGCUCGAGAAUCCGAAUUCGGAUACCAGACGAAAAAUAGCGCGGGAGAACCUCCACCUGGAGAACCAGAGUCACAAUGUUUUCCAUUGUUGAUCUUCAGUCAUGGCCUAGGAGGAACGAGAACUACAUACAGUUCUGUCUGUGGGGAAUUUGCCAGUUAUGGUUUUGUAGUUGUGGCUAUAGAACAUCGAGAUGGUUCGGGACCACGUACUUUUGUCAAUUUACCAAAGAUGGGUGAUAAAUUUGGAUCACAGAAUGUAGAUCAUUCUGACGAGGCGAGAGAGAGAGGCUAUGAGAGAUUUGAUUAUGUUUUUCCAGAAGGAAAUGCCAGGGACACCACACCUAAUAAUGAAAAAGGUGUCGAUGGCGAACUUCGCGCUGCCCAAAUACAACUUCGCCUUGCUGAAAUUGAAGAAGCCUACUACAUCAUGACGCAAAUACAUGACGGAAAUGGCGCUCGAAUCGCUGAAGCCAACCUCCGGCAAAAUUCUCCUGGUCGCGUCGGUGGCUCCUCCCGUGGUCUAAAAGGUGUCGACUGGCAGAGUUGGGAGAAUCGCUUCCACCUCCAACAGGUCACCAUGCUUGGACAUUCUUUCGGCGCCGCCACUACCGUCGAAGUUCUCCGCUCCCAAACUGAACGAUUCCCAUACAUUUCGCAAGGGAUUCUGUAUGAUCCUUGGGGAGGCGCAAUCCAACAAGCAGACUGUGAUUCAGAGCAUCUCAUUCACAAUCCUUUACUUUGUAUCAACAGCGAAGCAUUCAUGUAUUGGCCUUCAAAUUUUUCUAGAAUCAUGUCACUCUGCCGCGAAGCCAAAUCACAAGGUACGCUGUGCUGGCUUCUGACUGUCCGUGGUAGCAUACACAUCUCGCAAUCAGAUUUUUCACUCCUUUAUCCGAAUGUUAGCAGUUUCCUGCUUAAAAUGACCGUCAAUCCACGGAGAGCCAUCGAUUUAAAUAUUAAUGCCAGUCUAGAAUUUUUAAAAAUGGUAAUGCCAAGGAGAAUCAGCGCCAUGAAUAGAGGCACUGAUGAGGGAUUGCUGAAGGUCGAACAAUUAGAUGAGUUACCAGAUGUGCAUCAGCCGAAGAAGAAAUAUAUUGCGGGUAGAUUGAGAAUUCCACAUGAAAUGCGCAUUCGAUUAACACCACAAUGGAUACGGAUGACGAAAGGGAAGACGAAGAACUGUCAGGAAAGGUGCGCUUGUAGGCAUGGGAGACGGAAACCAAAGAAAAACAUCGCGACAGAUCCACAGGGGAAAAUACUGCCGGGCUUGGAAGAUUUAGAAAUCGGGGAAGAGAUCUGGAUGCAUGUUGCGCCGACGGCGGAGGAGCUGAGGAAGCAUGGGAUUGGGGGCAAAAAUGGAAAUCAAAGUGCGGCUAAUGAGAGGGAUAGAGAUGAGGGGAAUAGCGAUGGUAUGGUUCAUUAUGAGGGGCCAGGGGAGGGAGCGGAACAGAAGAAUGAGGGGGGUGGGCUGGCGGGCCAUAGGGGAAUUGAACAGAGGAUGAUGGAGAGAGGGUGA